AUGCCUGAACCAACAAAAUCUGCUCCCGCUCCCAAGAAGGGCUCUAAAAAAGCUGUUACUAAGACUCAGAAGAAGGGCGAUAAGAAGCGCAGAAAGACUAGGAAGGAGAGCUAUUCCAUCUACGUGUACAAAGUGCUGAAACAAGUUCACCCGGACACUGGUAUUUCCUCUAAGGCCAUGGGGAUCAUGAACUCCUUUGUGAACGACAUCUUCGAGCGUAUCGCUGGGGAAGCGUCUCGUCUGGCUCAUUACAACAAGCGUUCAACCAUCACUUCCCGGGAAAUCCAGACCGCUGUGCGCCUGCUUCUACCGGGGGAGCUGGCCAAACAUGCUGUGUCUGAGGGCACCAAGGCCGUCACCAAGUACACCAGCUCCAAGUAAAUAGUUUCUGUGAGACUACCAACAUCUAUAACCCAAAGACUCUUUUAAGAGCCAUCCACUUCCUCAUCCAAAGAGCUCUGAUAUCACUAACUGCUGAUGUUUGUGUUCUUCAAACUCCAACAAAGUGUAUUUUUUUAAAAAGUG